AUGUUUGGUAGGCCCGACGGAUCACAGGGCAGCGGCCAUGACGAUGAAUGUUUCGAUCAGGACGACUUUGAACCCAAGGACCGGAUAGGUUCGCCUUGGAACUCAGAUUUUGGUGGUCUUGAGUCGAAUUGCGGAGAUCGUGAGAGGGAUGAGUCAUGGUCAAAUGUUGAGCCGGUGGCCUCGGACGAGGCCCUCUGGUAUCAGGGUGCUCGGGCAGAUGAUCAGAGUGAACCCUGCCAGCCAAGUGCGAGUAAGAGUAGGAGGACGGCUUGGAAGGAUCCGGUGCCCGUGCAUCCGGCUGUGGCACAGGCUCUCUUUGAGGAAAAGAGGAAAUCUACGAUCAAGCUCCCAUGGGAGUCGGGCUUUGGCAAGGCGAUUUUCUGGAGUGGCGGGCACCCGCUUUUGGCCCUUCCGCUCCAUCUUCCAACGAUUGGACGAUCUGACAUGUUUGCUCAGAUUGCUGUAUCUUCUUCAUCAAGCAGUGAGCCGACUUGGUACAAAGAAAACCCCUUCAGAGCCAAACGGCUAUUCGCCACGAGGAUGGCGAGGUCGGAGGACCAGCUCCGUUCAGCGGCAUUGUCUCGAAUUAAAGAGAUUGUCUUGUACGACCCCAGUGAUUCCAAGUUGGGGCGUUCUCUGUUGGAGACCAGCGGGAUGCUUGUUCCAGAACAUCAGCUGGCUGCGACUUUCACGGACGCUUUCACCAGGAAAUCUACGAGCACUCUCUCCAAGAGAUCGUGCGACUACUUGAAGUUCUCCCGUUGGCAGGCGCAAGAAAAUCAAGCAAGGCCGUUGAAUGCAGCCGAGAGUGACUUGUACCUGUAUGUGUGCCAUCUUCGAGACAGUGACUGUGCUCCUACAGCGCCAGCUGCCUUUGUUUCGUCGUGGAGGUUCUUCCACUACAUGACGGGUAGCAAUGCUUCCCCUGACAUCAUUUCUCAGCGAGUUGAAGGUACCUUUGCUGUCUAG